AUGGAACUAAGAUCUACAACAACAAGAAUUAAGGUCUACAACAAGAAUAUACUGCUGCAGAUCGGAGAAAAUGCAUCUACUCCGAUCCCAGAGACCACCAUCGGUGUACUUCGCGAGCUUCGCCUGCUGCGGGAACCAACACAUCAGCCGGCGAGACCUACAAACCCGGCUUGCCGGGAGAGGAGACCUCGGAAGCGGUGUGCGAGAACCCGUAAGCGCGGCAAGAGGGCAGGGAUCCGAGCUAGGUGGCAAGCUAACACCAGCCGGCCACCCGUCCCUUCCAUCCUGCUAGCGAACGUCUGCUCACUGGACAAUAAACUAGACUAUAUCCAACUACAUCGGGACACACAAAGGAAGUACAGGGACUGUAACGUUUUCGUGUUUGUGGAAACAUGGCUCAACGACAGUAUACCGGACUCCGCUAUUCAGCUACCAGGCCUGCUAGCCUUCCGAGCCGACAGGAAUGCUACACUGUCAGGUAAAAACAGGAGAGGUGGGCUGUGCAUAUACGUUAACAACGAAUGGUGCAGGGAUGCGGUGCUUGUUUCCAACUUCUGCUCGCCGCUAGCGGAGUUCCCCCUUGUCAGACGCAUCAGACCAAGCCGAAGGGAGACAAAGACCUGGCCUGAGGAUGCAAUGUUGGCCCUUCAGGACUGUUUUGAGUGCACUGACUGGGACAUUUUCAAGCAGGCAGCCACCUACAACGGCAUCACUGAUCUGGAGGAAUACACCUCAACUGUGACCAGCUACAUCAGCAAGUGCACAGAGGAUGUGUCAGUCUCCAAAACCAUCACCACACGCCCCAACCAGAAACCGUGGAUGACUGCAGAGGUGAGAGCGCUACUGAAAGCCAGGGAUGCUGCCUUCAGGGCUGGGGAGGAGGUAGCUCUGAGGAAGUUCUACUCAAGAUUUGAGGCUCACAACUACUCGGUGGUGAGAAAGGACGCCCCUCCCCCCAACGACCCGGUACUCAGCCUGUCCACUUCUGAAGUGAGAAGGACCCUACUCAGAGUCAACCCACGGAAAGCUACUGGGCCGGAUGGUAUACCGGGUCGUGUGCUGAGGGAGUGUGCAGAUCAACUGACCAACGUCCUCACUGACAUCUUCAACAUCUCACUGUCCACCACCGUCGUCCCCACCUGCUUCAAGACCACCACCAUCAUCCCCGUCCCGAAGAAACCCUCAGUGACUUGUCUCAAUGACUACCGCCCAGUUGCACUGACAUCCACCAUCAUGAAGUGCUUUGAAAGGCUAGUAAUGAGACGCAUCAAGUCACAACUACCAGCCACACUGGACCCAAUGCAGUUUGCGUACCGCCCCAACCGCUCCACAGACGAUGCCAUCAACACCGCCAUCCACCUGGCUCUCUCUCACCUGGACAGGAAGGACACAUAUGUUAGGAUGCUGUUCAUUGACUUCAGCUCAGCAUUCAACACCAUCAUCCCUCAACAGCUGAUAACAAAACUAGGUGAACUUGGACUGAACACAACACUCCGAAACUGGAUCCUGGACUUCCUGGUAGGCAGACCCCAAGCAGUCAGGAUCGGGAACAAGACAUCCAGCACAACAGUACUGAGCACAGGAGCACCCCAGGGCUGCGUGCUCAGCCCGCUAUUGUUCACACUCCUCACCCACGACUGUGUGGCAACGCACAGCUCAAACCACAUCAUCAAGUUUGCUGAUGACACAACCGUGGUGGGCCUGAUCAGCGGAGACAACGAAGCCCCGUACAGAGAGGAGGUGGCACAGCUCAGCAGCUGGUGUACUGACAACAACCUGCUCCUCAACGUGGACAAAACAAAAGAACUGGUCAUCGACUUCAGACGGACUUUGCACACACACACCCCACUGUGCAUUGACAACCUUCCCGUGCAGAUUGUCCAGAGCACAAAGUUUCUGGGCGUACACAUAACAGACGACCUCUCAUGGACUAAGAACACCACACACAUCACAAAGAAAGCCCAGCAGCGUCUGUACUUCCUGAGAAGACUGCGCAAAGCUCAUCUCCCAACCUCCAUCCUCACAACUUUCUACAGAGGAAUGAUUGAGAGCAUCCUCAGCGGCGCCAUCACAUCGUGGUAUGGCAACUGCACUGCUGCAGACCGUAAGGCCCUGCAGCGGAUUGUGAGGACAGCUGAAAAGAUCACCGGGGUCUCUCUGCCCCCCCUCUCAGACAUUUAUAGCUCCCGCUGUCCGCGGAAAGCUAAGAACAUUAUCAGAGACACUUCCCACCCCUCUCACGGACUAUUCACGUUGCUACCAUCAGGUAGAAGGCUUCUCAGCAUCACUGCCCGCUCCUCCAGGAUGGGGAAGAGCUUCUUCCCCCAGGCGGUUAUUCAUAAAAACCUCAAAAAAAUUUGUACUACAAAAGCAUCUGAACCUAAAAACACCACAAUCAGAUGUGGGCUAUUAAACAUUAGAUCUCUCUUGUCUAAAUCUCUGUUAGUGAACGAUUUGAUAAUGGAUCAGCAGAUUGAUUUUUUCUGUCUGACUGAGACCUGGCUGCAGGAGGAAGAGUAUGUCAGUCUAAAUGAGUCAACCCCUGCUAGUCAUAUUAAUUAUCACAUUCCUCGAGGCACAGGCCGAGGAGGAGGAGUGGCAGCAAUCUACCACUCAAGUUUAUUAAUUAAUCCUAGACCUAAGCCGAAAUAUAGUACAUUUGAAAGCCUUAUCCUCAGCCUCUCACAUCCAAAUUGGAAGACAGAAAAACCAGUACUAUUUGCUGUGGUGUAUCGUCCACCUGCUGCUUACUCUGAGCUUUUGUUUGAAUUCACUGAAUUUUUAUCUGAUUUAGUGCUUAGUACGGAUAGAGUAAUUAUAGUGGGCGACUUUAAUAUUCAUGUCGAUACCCACAAUGACAGCCUUAAGACUGCUUUCUAUUCAGUAUUAGACUCAAUUGGCUUUUUGCAAAAUGUUAACAAACCAACUCACUGUUUCAAUCACACCCUUGAUCUUGUACUAACCUAUGGCAUAGAAGCUGAAUAUUUGACAGUAUUCCCUCAGAACCCUGUUUUAUCUGAUCAUUCUUUAGUAACAUUUGAAUUUACAAUAAUGAACUGCACAGCAUCUGAGAAAAAAAUUAACUACUGUAGAUUUCUGUCUGAUAAUGCUGUUAUCAAAUAUAAGGAAGCUAUUCCAUCUUUAUUAUCUCCGCUGACAUGUGCCAGUUUUACAGAGGGCAAUGGCCUAAACGUUACUCCAGCAGAUAUAGACUAUCUAGUUGAUAAUACUGCUGCUUCAUUGCGUUCAACCCUUGACUCUGUUGCCCCUUUGAAAAAGAAGGUCAGUAAUCAGAGGAAGCUAGCUCCAUGGUACAAUUCACAAAUACGUACUUUAAAGCAGAUAUCACGAAAGCUGGAAAGGAAAUGGUUAUCCACUAACUUAGAGGAAUUCCGCCUAGCCUGGAAAGAUAGCUUUAUAAUGUAUAAAAAAGCCCUCCGUAAGGCAAGAACUGCCUAUUACUCAUCAUUAAUAGAGGAAAACAAGAACAACCCUAGGUUUCUUUUCAGCACUGUAGCCAGGCUGACAAAGAGCCAUAGCUCUGUUGUACCAUCCAUCCCUCUAGCUCUCACUAGUAAUGACUUUAUGAGCUUCUUUAGCAACAAAAUAGUAGACAUUAGAGACAGAAUCCAUCUCAUCCUGCCUACAACUGUUAAUGAUGUAGGUAUGUCCAGAACAGCAUCUUUAGAAACGUCUUCCAGUCCUGAUUUGCCGUUAGACUGUUUCUCUCCCAUAGAUCUAGCUGAAUUGACUUCAAUAGUUUCUAAAUCUAAAUCAUCAACAUGUCUUUUGGAUCCUAUCCCGACCAGACUUCUUAAAGAGGUGUUGCCUUUGAUUGGCACUCACAUAUUAGAUCAAAUAAAUCUCUCGUUGGUUACAGGAUAUGUUCCACAGGCUUUUAAGGUUGCAGUUAUCAAACCUUUACUUAAAAAGCCUUCUCUGGACUCUGACAUUUUGGCAAACUAUAGACCUAUAUCCAAUCUCCCCUUUAAUUCUAAAAUUCUUGAAAAGGCUGUUGCAUCUCAGUUGUGUGACCAUCUACAUAGGAACGGUUUGUUUGAAGUUUUUCAGUCAGGAUUUAGAGUUCAUCAUAGCACAGAGACAGCACUGGUGAAAGUUACCAACGACCUUCUUAUAGCAUCAGAUAAUGGACUCGUCUCUAUACUUGUCCUGCUAGAUCUUAGUGCUGCAUUUGACACCAUUGAUCAUAAUAUCCUAUUGGAAAGAUUGGAACAUGUUAUUGGGAUUAAAAGAACAGCACUAGGCUGGUUUAAAUCAUAUCUAUCAGAUAGAUACCAGUUUGUUCAUGUUAACGAUGAUCCCUCCAUAUAUACCAGAGUAAGUCAUGGAGUUCCACAGGGUUCUGUGCUUGGACCGAUACUGUUCACCUUAUACAUGCUUCCCCUAGGCAAUAUUAUCAGGAAGCAUGGAAUAAAUUUCCAUUGUUAUGCGGAUGAUACCCAGCUAUAUUUAUCUAUGAAACCAGACGAAACAGAUCAGUUAGCCAUACUUCAGGCAUGUCUUAAAGACAUAAAGGCCUGGAUGACCUGUAACUUUCUUCUUCUGAAUUCAGACAAAACUGAGGUUAUUUUGUUUGGUCCCAAACACCUCAGAAACAGUUUAUCUAAUCAUAUAGUUACUCUGGAUGGCAUUAAUUUAGCCUCCAGUACGACUGUGAGGAACCUUGGAGUUAUUUUUGAUCAGGAUCUGUCCUUUAACUCACAUAUAAAACAAGUCUCUAGGACCGCCUUCUUUCACCUGCGCAAUAUCAGUAAGAUUAGGAACAUUCUGUCGCAGAGUGAUGCUGAAAAAUUAGUCCAUGCUUUUGUUACUUCUAGGCUGGACUACUGUAAUUCCCUAUUAUCAGGAUGUCCAGUUAACUCUCUAAAGAGCAUCCAGCUGAUCCAAAAUGCUGCAGCAAGAGUACUGACUGGAAUUAGCAAGAGAGAUCAUAUUACUCCUGUACUAACUUCUCUUCAUUGGCUCCCUGUAAAAUCCAGAAUUGAUUUUAAAAUCCUUCUCCUUACAUAUAAGGCCCUCAAUGGCCAGGCUCCUUCAUAUCUCAAAGAGCUGAUAGUACCAUAUCAUCCCAACAGACUGCUUCGUUCCCAGAAUGCAGGUUUGCUUAUGGUUCCCAAAAUCUCUAAAAGUAGAAUGGGAGGCCGAGCCUUUAGCUAUCAGGCCCCUCUCCUAUGGAACCAACUGCCAGUUUGGGUUCGGGAAGCAGACACCCUCUCUAAUUUUAAAACGAAGCUUAAAACCUUCUUGUUUGAUAAAGCUUAUAAUUAG